AAAUCUAAUCUACUCACGAGUAAUAAUAGGCUCAUAAUUCAUAACUCAUCUGAAAAAACAAAAUUUUCAAAUAAUUAACUCUUGAAUUUCCGCAGCAAGCAGGAAAGCAGAAAGAAGCAAAAGCAAGAAGAGUUUGAGUUUCACACACGCACCAACACAAGCGGAUAUGCCGGUGCAUUGACUACUGCGUUGCAACGAUAAUUUCCAGCUGAUUCGCCGCCGAUGCUCUUCGCCCAAACCCUAACCCCUGAUUAUGUCGUCCUCACCUCGAAAAGACCCAAUCUUCAACCCUAAUUCCAACCACAACAAGAGGAUGAUUCCCAGCCCGGAUGACGCACUGAAGCAUGCUCUCCUCAAAUUGCGCCCGCGCACCGUCUCGCAAUCCGGGUCAACCUCUCCCUACUCCGAGUCCGAGCCCGAAUCCGAUUCGUCAAACCCUAACCAUCUUCCUGCCGCCGCCGACUGCACCGCUCUUCUCUCGGAUGAGCUGCUGCUGGAGGUGUUGGGUAGAAUUCGUGACAGGAAGCAGCACAUUGCGAAUUCAUUGGUUUGCCGGAGGUGGUGCGUGCUGUGCGGGAAGCUGGUUAAGUCGAUUAAGUUAAUUGAUUGGGAGUUUUUGGAGUCAGGUAGAAUGAGCUUUCGCUUUCCUAAUUUAGAAGAUGUUAAUUUAGUUCCGGCUUGUAUUAAAUCUGCUAGAAAUUCUGGUAUUUUGUUGAGUAAUAGCUUGAUUGAGGUUCGUCUGAGUUCGGGGAUGUUGGAAAAUGGCGAAGGGAUGUUCGUUAGGAAGGGGGAUGUUGUUGAGUCGAAGGCUAUCGAUGGAGGGGUGGCGAUAUUAGCUGAAGGGUGCAAGAAUUUGAGGAGAGUGGCGUUGAUGAAUGUUAGCGAAGAAGGGCUAAAUUGCUUGGCGAAGGAAUGUGAGUUGUUGCAGGAGAUGGAGUUGCAUAACUGUGGUGAUUUCGCACUGAGGGGGAUUUAUAAUUGCAGGAAUUUGCAGAUUUUGAAGUUGAAUGGGAAUAUAAACGGUGUUUAUGGCUCUGUGGUUUCUGAUAUUGGAUUGACUAUACUGGCACAAGGAUGCAGCCGACUAGUGAAGCUUGAGCUGGUGGGAUGUGAGGGGAGUUAUGACGGUAUCAAGGCAAUUGGGCAGUGUUGCCAGAUGUUGGAGGAGUUAACGAUAUGUGAUCAUAGGAUGGAAGGAGGGUGGUUGUCGGCUUUGUCAUACUGUAGGAACUUGAAGAGUUUGAGUUUCCAGUCGUGUAAGAAUAUUGAUGAAAAUCCCGGACUAGAUGAGCAUUUAGGAUCAUGUAUGAUGCUUGAGGAGUUGCAUUUGAGGAAGUGCCAAAUGCGAGACAAGCAGGGUGUGAAGGCGUUGUUUGUAGUGUGUCGGAGGAUUAGAGAGCUGGUUCUUGAGGACUGUUGGGGAUUGGAUGACAGUAUCUUUACUGCUGCCACUGUUUUUAGCAGGAGCAUAAGAUCUCUCUCACUGGAAGGAUGCUCGUUACUGACAACACAAGGACUAGAAUCCGUAGUUCUAUCUUGGAAGGAGCUCAAUAGGCUUAGAGUAGUUUCAUGUAACAACAUUAAAGACAGUGAAAUAACCGCAGAACUAGCGACUUUAUUUUCCAUUCUCAAAGAGCUGAAGUGGCAGCCGGAUUCCCGGUCAAUCCUAUCUGCUAGCCUUGCUGGUACAGGUAUUGGACAAAAAGGCAGUAGAUCUCUGAGAUGGAAGUGACGACAAGCAAAUGCUGAUCUAACCACGAUACCUCACAUAUUUGCUUGUAUCCAUUUUUUUUGUAUCAAAUACAACUUUUCAAGGUGGUGCCGAAAAAUUUGGGUUCCGCGCAUGUUGAAGAUAAGGUACAUCGGACCCAUAUGAAGAUUUCCGGCAACCCAAAUACGGUCUGUAAACUUGGUUAGCCUCUUUAACCUGAUACAGUUUUUAUCCUUUAUGAUGUAUUUUCCCAUUGAUAGUGUAGAACAGUUAGGUGUUGAGAAGAUGGAUUUUAGACUUUUAGUGAUGGACUUUUAGAUGCAGACUGAAACUUUAGAGCAUAGUCCAUGAUAACAGUGUUGGUGGCAUACCUUCUUGUAUUCGCCUAUUCAAGCUGUAUGAAUUUCUCUUAUAAAUGAAUACAAUAGUUAUUUUUGUUCCCAAAA